AUGGAGCGCACAAAAAUGCAGUCAUCUGGAAGGAGAACGACAGAACUCCAGAAGGAAGACAGGAUAGUAAGGUCAUGCAGAGGAAGAGGACCGUGUUCCUGAUUCCAAAAAACCCCCACAACCCACCCCAAGCUGUUCAUGCAGCAAAACAACAAUAGCAACACUGGGAUUUGUUGGGGUUUCCCUUUUCCACAGGGGAGAGAACCUCAUGGGGAAAAGUUCCUGCCUGGCGCAUGAGUUCUGUAUCCCUGGUUUGGCUUCUCCCGGGCGUGCAGGUUUCCCAACGUAAUGGAGUUUUUGGCACGGGGGAGCAUUUGAUCACAUGACACCCGCUCCCAACCGGUCCCAGGAAGACUGUGCCACGUGGGAAGCUCUGUCGGAGCCAGCCGUUACAAAUGGCGAAGUUUAGCAUAAAAUAAAAACACAGAGAGCCAGCAAUAUUUUCAUGAUGGUAGGAGCAGCUCCUUUUUCCUCCCUCUCCUCCUGCAGCUUCUUUUAUUAUCCUUUGUCUCUCUCUCCAGCCGCAUGGCUGUUUGCCAAUGUCUCACGUUACCUCAUCCGGUCAAGGCUUUUAUUGCCCCCUUCACCAUAUAGGGUCAAUCACUGCCCAGAGGAAACACAACUGCAUUUAAGUCAAUACAUUCCAAUACAUUGUAAAGCUCAGAGUGCUGGUCAGCCGAGGUCAGGGGGCACCCUGCAAUAUUACAAGCCUUUACCGUGGCUUUACGACUCCCACAAAGCUCGGAAGACAGACCAGCCAGGAAGUUGGACGAGAGCUUUAUUCUCUCCUCAACAAGAACAGGAACAGGAUUUAGCUGCGAUGAGAUCACGCUUUAGGUCCUUGCUCAGCUCUGCAAGAAUUGAAUCUAGGAAGUUUCUGGCCCUAUACGAAUGCAGUUAGGUUCAUUAAGGUUACCAUAUUCUUUUCAAUGAAUCCGGGGACACUUUAAAUACAUACAUACAUACUACACGUUUGAUGGCAGUGGCAGUGGGGCGGCUGCGGCCUUGACCUUAACUGCCAUGUUUCCCCUUUGAGGAGGGCCGAGAGCGGCGGCGGUGAGGCUCGGGCAGCGCGAUGCCUCCCUUCCCAUCGGAGCAGCCCCAAUCCCAUUCCUACUUGCAUGCAAGCAGGAGGUGGUGGGGAUCCCUCAGCUGGGAAGGGAGGCUUCCCCUUGCCUAACUGAGAGAUCCUUGCCCCCUCCUGCUUGCACACAAGCUCUGAUAGGCUGCGUGAAGCCUCCCUUCACAGCUGAGAGAUCCCCGCCCCGCUUGCACGCAAGUAGGAGUUGUGAGGCUGCUCCGAUAGGCAGCGUGAAGCCUCCCUUCACAGCUUAGUUGCUGGGGUCAGGGAAGGUGGAGGCAGCCCGGAAGCUGCGUCUUAGAGUCCCUGCACCACCAUCACAUGGGGACUUCCAAGCAGCUCCUGAAGCCAGCCAGAGCCAACUGCUCCAAGCUGCUGAGACUGCCGCUGCUGCGUUUCCCAGGGACAUUAGAUGAAAUCCGGGGACAUUCCGGGUAUGGAAUUUGUCCGGGGACUUAUUCGCAAAUACGGGGACUGUCCUCAGGAAAUCGGGACGUCUGGUAACCCUACCAUUGCCACCUUGGGACGCUUCCAGACACUUGCUCUCUUCAGGUUGGAUUCAAUCCUGCACCAUUAAAUUUGGGUGGCGCGAUUGGAGGACUUGUGCAACAAACCCACUUUCCCCGAAAGAUCAGACUCUUUGUGAUAGGAAAAAUGAUGGGGGAGGGGUGCAUGGGAGAAGGGGGGGCAACCAUUGUUUUGAACCUCCUUGCGAACAAGUCAGGAUGAAUGUUCAUUAAAUAGCUGGCAGCAUCUACGAUACAAUAAUCUUUAUUGUCAUUGUCCCAUACAGAACAACGAAACUGAAAAAAUCUACAUCAGACAUUCAAAAACCAACAAGCCUGCUGUCCCAGCUAUCCCAACCUUGUUAGUCCCUAAAAACUCUGAUACCCCAUAACUGAAUACAAUAUACUCCCAUACAGACUACCUUACACUGCGUUUAAAACCAAAAUCGCAUUUGGUUAGAAAUUGUUUCUCAGGCGGCUAGUCCUAGUCUUUAUGACCCUGUACCUUCUUCCAGAAGGCAGAAGCUGAAAGAGAUCAUUUCCUGGGUGUUCACUAUCCUGCACUAUCUCUGCAGCUUUCUUUCUCUAAUCUUCUUGCGCACAAAUCAAAAUGGAUUCACAGGGUCUUCUGGAAGGACCCUAAGUGACUCUUUCCUACUCAAUGUGAUUGGGGAGUGAAGUAUAGGUGGGUUCCCAUGAGGCAAGACACAGUGAUAACAGCAAGAACAUUCAUUGAACUACAUAACUGGAAAACGGGGGGCAAAGCAACUGCUUAUAUACUUUCCUGAAAGCCUGGGCCACUCCCACUCCCAACGUGAUUGGCUGUCUAAACUUCCAAGCUGCAAAUCACAACUCAAGAGUUCAAGGGCCAAUGGCAGAGGCCCAAAUCCUGAAAUGUUCUGUGAUUGGACAUCGUGCAUCGAAUCAGAACACAGGAGCUCAGAAUCCUUAGUCCUUAGACUCAAGCUCAAUUCUUAGACUCAACUCAAUCCUUAGACUCAAGCUCAGGCAAACACCGAUCACUGAAUACAUAACAGGGAGCCCCUUGUCAAGAUAACCACCUGGGGGGCCAUCAUUCCAUCUGAACAGGGUGUUUGUGUCUCCACACUCACAAGUCCACCUUGAUAGAUCAAAGGUCUGCAGCUCAGUUGCGGAGAACAUGUUUUGUGGGUGCAACAACAACAACAACAGCUUCUGCAGCUGCCAUUCAGUGCAGACAAUACCAGCCUAGAUGAGCCACAAUCUGACAUGGCCUUCAGGUUGCUUCCUGUGGCUUCUUCAGGAAUGCCAUUUCCCCCCUAGCAAAAAUCCUUUUUUCUUUCUUUUUCUUAUGCCACCUGAUGUUUCCUUCUGCCUAGGAACACUGAAGGCAUGUAAGGACAUCUCUUUCUCUUUUUGAGCUAUUUUUUGAUAAGAGUAACUCCAAGCUCUGCUUGCAGAACAAGACAUGGAUGCCGUUAGUUCCUCCAGUGCUUCCCCCCACUUUGAAACCAGGGAAGAGAAAUAUCGAUCUGAGCUUGAAUCCACCUUUUCUCUGCAAAACACUCGCAGGCAAUGGAGUCGAAUUUUCUGAGACUGUUGCUUUUGUCUAUGAGGCAGCCCCUGGGUAGAGGAAGCCAGGCAUUGUAUGCUAUUCUGUAAACUGUGUGAAAGAGCUAGGCAUUCCUAUUGAGAAUCCUUUUUCGUGGUGCUUGCUACACUCAGUGAUGUGGCUGAGAUGCAAUAUCUGUUGUCUUGGUUUCGACAGGGCUAAAGCACAGUCCACGGGAAACCCAAUUGCCUUUUCUUUCCAAUUCAGCGCUAAAGACCGGGUUUCCCCAGGGGAGAGCAGCAAUAACCAACACAUAUAUAUUUAAAGCAGUACACAGUUAAGUAGGUAGAUAGAAUGAACUCACCAAUAGAAGGGCAAAACGGAAGUGUGGUGGCGCAGCAAUAAAACUGCUAGCGCCUUUUGCAAAGCUAAGCAGGGCCUGGUACGGUUUGAAAAUUGGGUGAGCUCCCUGCAUUGCUGGGGGUUGAACUAGAUGACUCUCUGGGUCUCUUCCAACUCUACAAUUUUGUCGUGUGCAUCCCCCUCCCCAAGAUUUAAUAUUCUGUUUUUAAACUACAGUUUGCCACAGAGCCUAGGGCUUGCCGAUCAGAAGGUGGCGGUUUGAAUCCCCGUGAUGGAGUGAGCUCCCAUUGCUUGGUCCCUGCUCCUGCCAACCUAGCAGUUCGAAAGCAUGUCAAAGUGCAAGUAGAUAAAUAGGUACUGCUCCUGCGGGAAGGUAAAUGGCGUUUCCGUGCACUGCUCUGGUUCGCCAGAAGCGGCUUAGCCAUGCUGGCCACAUGACUCGGAAGCUGUAUGCCGGCUCCCUCGGCCAAUAAAGCGAGAUGAGCGCCGCAACCCCAGAGUUGUCCACGACUGGACCUGACGGUCAGGGGUCCCUUUACCUUUUGCUUAUUGUACAGGUCAUGUGUUUUACGUUUAUGUGUAAUUAUUAGAAAUAAUUUAAGCUGAUAUGUUUCCAUUUGGGUACCAUCUAUAUUUGGUUGUCUUAUGAAUAAAUCUAGACAAACCUAGACAGCAUCUUAAAAAGCAGAGACAUCACCUUGUCAACAAAGGUCCUUAUAGUUAAAGCUAUGAUUUUCCCAGUAGUGAUGUAUGGAAGUGAGAGUUGGACCAUAAAGAAGGCUGAUCGCUGAAGAAUGGAUGCUUUUGAAUUAUGGUGCUGGAGGAGACUCUUGAGAGUCCCAUGGACUGCAAGAAGAUCAAACCGGUCCAUUCUGAAGGAAAUCAGCCCUGAGUGCUCACUGGAAGGACAGAUCCUGAAGCUGAGGCUCCAUGGGGUCACGAAGAGUUGGACACGACUAAACGACUAAACAACAACAACAACAUUUCCGGGCACAAUUCAAAGGGCUGGUGCUGACCUUUAAAGCCCUAAACAGUCUCAGCUCAGUAUACCUGAAGGAGCAUCUCCACCCCCAUCGUUCGGCCCGGACACUGAGCUCCAGAUCCAAGGGCCUUCUGGUGGUUCCUUCCCUGCGAGAAUCAAAGUUACAGGGAACCAGGCAGAGGGCCUUCUCAGUGGUGGCGCCCGCCCUGUGGAACGCCCUCCCAUCAGAUGUCAAAGAGAUGAGUACAGUGGUACAUCCGGUUAAGAACUUUAUUUGUUCCGGAGGUCCGUUCUUAACCUGAAACUGUUCUUAACCUGAAGCACCACUUUAUCUAAUGUGGCCUCCUGCUGCCGCUGCGCCACCACUGCAUGAUUUCUGUUCUCAUCCUGAAGCAAAGUUCUUAACCUGAAGCAUUAUUUCUGGGUUAGCGGAGUCUGUAACCUGAAGUAUAUGUAACCCGAGGUACCACUGUAACCAUGUAAGCUUUAGAAGAUAUCUGAAGGCAGCCCUGUAUCGGGAAGUUUUUAAUGGUUGUGCUUUUAAUAUUUUUGGGGGAGCCUCCCAGAGUGGCUGAGGCAACCCAGUCAGGUGGGUGCAAUUUCUUCCUUCCUUCCUUCCUUACUUCUUUCCUUUCUUCUUCUUCUUCUUCUUCUUCUUCUUCUUCUUCUUCUUCUUCUUCUUCUUCUUCUUCCUCUUCCACGUUGGGCAAAAAGAUUCCUGCAUUUCAGGAAGUUGGACUUGGUGACCCAACUCUACAAUCCUAUGUUUCCAUAACUAUAAAGACAGUUCAAAGCAGCGCCAGCACAUGCAUAAAAUCCAUUUUUUUUCUCCUGCCUUGCCUUUCCACUUAGGACCGGGGGUUGAGGUGGUGGGUGGAAGGGAGAACAGCUCACGUUUGCAACGUUUCAAGAAACCCUUCGCUUCUCGUGCCGAUCUGCAGCGAGAGCUUGAAGGACGUGGGAGGGAAAAGGAGACAGAGCGACGUCUGUGCGCCUGGGAACUGGACUCUCUAUAGGACCCUGCAGGGCCGGGAGGGAGCAGCAGGAGGUGGGGAGAGAGGAGCGCUGCUCGGGACGGGGGGCCCCAUCCUUUGCUGCAAAGACGCAGCUGGAGAGCGCUUUUUCCUCUCCAACCCCCCCUUACAACUUUCCAGAAGUUUCUCUCGCGGGGUUAUAUAGCCCCCUCCUCCGGGCCGCCGCGUCGCAGAAAGCGCAAAGAGAAGCCCGGCUUUCCUUCCGCCGCCCGAGCGCCAUCUCCGAGGUGAGCGGGGCCCCUUUUGGAGACUUUUUGCGCAACUCUCGGGGAACCCGGCGCGGCUUGCGCGCGCGGCGCCGCUGACGGCUCCGAGUGGCCGCUUACUCGGGAGUAAGCCCCUUGACCUUCAGCGGGACUGCUUCCCAAGGAAGCGCGAAGCUACCUUAAGGCCGGUUUGGGGAGCUUUCCUUUUUGGAAAGCCUGCCUUGCUUGGGAAAGCGACUCUCCCUUUCCGGACGGCGAGGCGUCCGUUCCCUGCGGGUGGUUCUCUUGCGCAAGCCCCGCUGGGAGAAGCCGUGCCGUCGUGGUCCCGAGGCUUUGGCAGGAGAACGGCCCGCGCCGGGGUGGCCUCCUUAACCCCCGCUUGCCCCAGGCGUGAAUUCGGAUUAUGGCUCAGGGUGGAUCUGAUCUUGGAUUUGAACUUCGCAGGGGCGUAGGGGGAUCAGUUUCCUCUCCUUUUUGCAAAGCUGCAUUCCUUUUGUAGCUGAUUCAUUUGCUGGCUUUUUGGGGGUGCGCUCAAAAGAAACCCCCUCCGUCGCCACCAGGCGGGACCUUUGAGACACGUUGGUGAGCCGUCGAGCUCACCUUAUUUGGGGAAGGUGGCUUUUUCAUGCAACGCCUCCGGUCUCCCCAUCCAUGAUCACAGAAUUGUAGAGUUGGAGGGAGCCUUGGGGAUCAUCUAGUCCAACCCCCUGAAAAUACGAAUAUGCAUCUGUCCCAAUCAGGGAUCGAACCUGCAACCUUGGCACUAUCAGGCUCUAACCAAAUUGAGUUAUCCAGGCUAUACAAUGAAAUGCGUUAGGCGGGGGCUCCUGGCAGUGAUGUAGCCAGAGGCCAAGGUUGGUCUAGUCCAGCGGUUCUCAACCUGUGGGUCUUCAGAUGUUGUUGGACUGCAACUCAAGUGGGGCGCAUCUUGCGCUCUAGAAUGCGCUCUAGAAAACUAUACUUUGCGUUCAGUGCCUCUCUCUUUAGGACUCGUCUUUGGAGAGCGGAUGCCGAGAGGGACCCCCGGGAUCUCCUGGAGAGCAGGCGGAGCAGGGAGGAUCGCGAGAUCGCCCUUUUCCUUGUGGGGAGCUGCAGCAGCCGCCUCCGCCCCGUCUCUCUCCCUCCUCCAAGCGCUAUUCCUGGGCCUUGCGAGCUAGUUGGCUGCAACUUUUGCCGGCAGGAUUAAGCCUGCUCCGGUUUCCUCCCGGCUGCUGACUGCAUGGAAAGAUUGCUGGAGGAAAUGUACCCCCGCCCCUCCCGCGGGGGGGGGGGGAGUUGCAAGGAUGGGGGGAGGAUGCUCCCGAUUAUACAAGCCUGGUCCCAUAGAAGGCAUGUUUGUUUUUUUGGUGGUAGCGAUGUGGUACUAUACUUUGCGUUCAGUGCCUAGAUUGGGGGAGGGUGUUGCAGGUUAAAUGUCGGGUUAUUCCUCCCCACCCCCAAUGACCAAAGGUCUCAAAUGUGGGGAGGAGUGGCAGGCACCCACUAAAUAUUUGGGGAUGGCAGAAGCAGUGGAAAGAGGCAGAGAGGGCACAAUCUCGCCAGUGCUAAACACAUCCCAUGAGAGAAGUUUAAGUGCCUUAAAAGGUAGGAACAGACGUGCUUUUGGAUCAGACUCAAAAGUCUUUUGGAGUCCAAUAUCUUGCUUCCCGCAGAAAUCAACCAGAUUCACCCAGAAAACAGGACAAGGAGGCAGCAGCUCCUUUCACUUAAUGUGCCCUUAAUAGCUAUAUAUUUUAAAACCUGUUGUCAUCAUCAGUGCCUUGCAUGGGAACAAAACAGCUUAAAGCUGCAAGCCCCACUAACUGGGGGGGCAAAGAGAGCAGAAUUAGCAUCUUGGUCAGUGUGAAGUGUUUGUGGUUUGGAAUCUCCAAAAAUAAUUCCAUGCAGUUCAUCCCUUGUCUCUCUGGAUGAAUAAAUACAAAAGGUAGGUGUUGCAGAAUCAUAGCGGACAGACUUAUUUCAGGUCCAAUGUGGUGGAGUGCGCCUAGGAUAUGAAACGAGAAGUGUAAACCCAUCCUCCCUUUUUGCCGUGGGAACCCAGAGUUCGCCCUGAUAAGCCAAGCUUAGAAAGGUAAAAGAAAGCCCAGUUCAAAAAGGUGCAUUGUGCUCUCAUGUACAACUAACAAAAUGUUACCUCUUUGCUAAAAUGCAGUCGCUGUGACAUAACUGUUUCUUUGUCUGCAAACCCAAAAUCUGUUUGUUUUUUUUAAAAUUUUGAGGGUCGGAUCUUUUGGUAACCUGAGAAAUACUGUCACGUUUUGCGUUCAAACUCUGAAAUCCAACGCAGAAUGCAAAAAUGGUUCUCUUUAAAAAUAAGUGUCUGGCCCUCGUGGGAAAGUCUCAACAGUGUAGCAAGGACAUUGGGGACAAUGGCUUACAUUUUGAUGGGUGUGUUUUGUACAGCUCACCAUCUCUGUCUCCCCAUCCCCGGUCCCUCCAUUUAAAAUGUUUUGCCAAAAUAAACCAAAUUCCACGAAAGCCCAAAUUUUGUGAUGCAUCCGAAUAAACAGUGGGUGAUACUUGUCUGAGAUGCUUUUUUGCCGAGUGGUAAUUUGUGCAGAUUGCGCUCGGCUUUGGUUUAGGUACGGCAUACCAUUGCUAGCUCUCUUGGUCUCUGGUCUUGCCUGGGCUUGCUUACGUGGCGUGUGGGGGCAGCCAGAGACGUAGGAGGGGCUUCAUUAUGUGUAGUGCUAAGGGAACACUGCAAAGGAUGCAGUGUUGAUUUUAUGCCAGAGGUCGAUUUGUGCAUUUUCCAGCUUGCCCAUUCGCUUGGGGAAAGUUUUAGCACACUUCUGGAACAUGUUACAUAUUUCUUUCAUUUCUGCCACACCUUUUUAAAUGCUCCAAGGAACCUUUUUAUGACUGAGUGGAGAUUUGAACCCUAGUCUCCCAGGUAACGGCUGCACCAGCUCAGUAGAGGAAAAGCACCAGCAUUUUAAGAUUCAAGUGCAUAGCAAACACAAGCUCUACCCAUAUUUUGCAUUCCACAGCUGGUAGCUAACCGGUUUCCUAAAAUGCUUAUAAUUGCAUAUUUAACAUUCCAACGCUGGUAGCUAACUAAUUUCCUAAAGGGUGGAUUGAAAAAAGUUGAAAUCCCAGGACUGCCCACCCCAAAUCUCACAAAUUGCUCUCGAAGCACCAUCAGUUUGGUUGAGAAAAGGAGGAGGGUUACUCAGGGCACCCAAAUUAUUUUCCCCCCACAUAUCUAUAAUCCUAGGGAGUUCCACAGCUGCUGGCCCCGCCCACCUGGCCCUGAGGCCCCACCCUCUUUCUUGGAAGCCCUAUCCACAUUAUGCCAUGUGGAAGUGGGAGGGGCUAUGCAAAACAGCGAGGAGGAGGCCCGCCCAGGCAUUGGCUUGCAGGCAGGAAUUUCAGAGGGGCAGCCGCAUCGCUCUGUGAUUGGUCCCCUUCCGAUUUCAAAGUCCGCUUGGAACGGUGAGGUCUAGAAAGUUGUUUCCUGCAAUUAAAGGAACCGCUCCAAACCUCCUAGCUAGCAGCGUCCUCUGAUUCCUUCCUCCUUCCUGGCCCGUCGACAUGUAAACUGUAAUCUCUAAAGAAUCCUGUUGAUCUGUUCUGUGCAAAUGUUCUCGGAUCCUUGAGGGAACUGUCUGAUUUGUCUUGUUUUUUUUCAGAAUGAAAAAGCCAAACGUUGACCACACUAAGAGAAAGUUCCAAGGUAUCUUUAGAAGAACAACAAAAACAAAACAAAAACCCUCCACACUUGUCACAGCACACAUCCAAAAUGAAAUAACACCUAAAAGCUAGCACUCUGUCUUGCCCUGAGACAGGGUAACCUGGUCCAGGAAAAAGCAUCCAAAAUAGCUAGCUUGGCCCAGCUGUUCAUAUAACAUUGCCAUAUUUCAAAAAGUAAAAACCAGAAUACCCCGAAAAUUGUAAAGCUUUUUUGGGGGGGGGGGAACCACCAAAAUCAUUUUUCCAAUGAAAAAAAAACACGCAAAAAAUUGCUUUUUCGAUUGAAAGAGUGCUGCCUUUUGCAAAAAAAAAAUAAAGUUUCAACAACCUCCUUGAUCAGAUCACUGCACCUAAUGCUUAUUUCCCUAUUGAAGCUAAAAUCACCUUCUUGAGAGUUAAAACGCUUUUCUUUGCUGGGAACCUAAUAUAGAGCCUCGAUGACGCCUCCUUUCUGAAAACCUUGUGGGUGAUGGAGCGGCAGGUCUGUAAAUAAUUGGGUUGUCAGUUCACAACCCGGAGAACAUCUUAACAGCUCUGCAGACACAGGAGGGAGAUUCAGGUGAAGAACAGGCGUAGAAACCUUCCUGUAUCUUCCUCCUUUUUGGCUGCAGAGCUAAUAAUAAUAAUAAUAAUAAUAUUUUAUUUAUACCCCAGCCAGAGCUGGGCUCAGGGCAGCUAACACCAGUAAAAUUACAAUAAAAACAUAAUGGCGGGGGGGGAACCAAUUUAAAAUACAAGUUAAAAAUACAAUUUAAAAUGCAGCCUCAUUUUAAUAGUAGCCCAUAGAUCAAAACCAUAAGGUGAGGGAAACAUAAGGGUCAGACUGAGUCCAAACCAAAGGCCAGGUGGAACAGUCUUACAGGCCCUGCGGAAAGAUGUCAAGUCCCACAGGGCCCUGGUCUCUUGUGACAGAGCAUUCCACCAAGUUGGGGCCAGUGCUGAAAAGGCCCUGGCCCUAGUUGAGACCAAUCUAACCACUUUGUGACCUGGGACCUCCAGAGUGUUGUCAUUUGUGGACCUUAAGGUCCUCCGCAGGGCAUACCGGGAGAUUAUGUUGGAGACUGAGAGCUCUGCAGUCUGGCAAGUCCAGGCGAGCUCACUCUUAACGUUCUCAAAGACAAGCAGUUUAACCCCAGCAGUCAAUUACUUUGCUUCUGUAGCAAACCUUUUUGCCCUCCAAUGUUUUUGGACGACAUAUCCCAUCUUCCUUGACUUCUGGCUGCUGGGAGAUGGAGUCUACCAGCAUCUGGAAGAUGUCACCAUCCCUGCUCCAGAUGUUUCAAAUUACAACUCAUCGUCAUCAUAUUUGGCGCAAUCAUAUAGAGGGCCAGAGAUUCCCCUAUAGGCCCUGUCUGUCGUGUCCCAGCUGCUAACGCUGUUUGCUUAACCGCUGAAGACCAGCUUUUGCUGCAGUUUGAGAGUGUUAGCCCUGCGGACCACAGAGGAGUAAAUCUUUGCUGGCCAAAGCUACAGCCGUCAUAGGGGAUUUGUUACUGCUGAAUGUGCCGCUGGAGCAUAGCUGCAAAGGCACCAGCUGCUCAAGACACAUUGGGAAAGACGAUGAAACUCUUAAGCUCGGGGUCAUGGGUUUGAUCCCCGUGUUGGGCAAAAAAGAAAAAUAAUAAUCCCAGCUGUACAGUACUAUGAGAUCCAAAGUGACCCUCCAGGCCAGCCUUUCUCAACCUGUGGGUCCCCAGGUGUUGUUGGACUACAACUCCCAUCACCCCUAGCUAGCAAGGCCAGAGCUCAGGGACGAUGGGAGUUGUAGUCCAACAACAUCUGGGGACCCACAGGCUGAGAACCGCUGCUCCAGGCUGUGCCUUUCGCGAAGUGGACACUGCAGAUCCUGUUCCGCCAGAUCUAACCAGGGACUGGUUCUAACCAGAUCUGAAUAUAUAUAGCAAGAAAGAAGAUGUCUGGUUUUAAAAGCCUUUGUGUUUUUUCAUCUCCAUCCCUGCUCCCUCCCAACCACCGCCACCAAAAAGACCUUUUUUAACUAUCUGCAUUGCUCGGAACUAUAAUUUGACCCCACGGUGGAAAGCUAUGCUAUUUCCAGGAGUUAAUUGCAGAGGGCCUUUUGCCUGCCUGCGUGGCUCUUCUCCCUCCGCCCCGCCCCCCCGCUUUCUGCAUGGAAUGUCCCGGGGAGAGGCGGGGGGAAAUGGCUUCUCCCACUUCCUUCGCUUUGGUUUAUUCUGCUGCAUGAAGAGUACAUAGCUCAGACCCCACCCUUGGCAUAGUGCCACAGAGCGCAGCUGGAUGAGGUCUUGGCUACCUCCCAGAUGGGAUCAGGGAAGAAAAAUGCAGAAAUGGGAGCAGAGUGGAAGCUCAAAAAGAGUUUUGUCUGAACUGGCCCUUGCUAAUCUGGUGCCUUCCAGGUGUUUUGGAACAUCUGGAUGUUUUGGACUCUCCUUCCUUUUAAAGCAGAGGUUGGAUGCUCAUCUGUCAUGGAUGCUUGACCUGAGAUUCCUGCAUUGCGGGGGUUGGACUAGAUGACCCCUGGGUCCCUUCUAGCGCUAAGAUUCCAUGGAGAGCACCAGAUUGCUGAAAGGCGGAAUAAUAAUAAUAAUAAUAAUAAUAAGUAAAGGUAAAGGACUCCUGACAGUUAAGUCCAGUUGCAGACGACUCUUGGGUUGCAGCGCUCAUCUCGCUAUACAGGCCGAGGGAGCCAGCGUUUGUCCGCAGACAGAUUUUCCAGGUCAUGUGGCCAGCAGGACUAAACGGCUUCUGGCACAACAGAACACCGAAAUCAGAGCAGCGCACGGAAAUUCCAUUUAUCUUCCCGCUGGAGCGGUACCUAUUUAUCUACUUGCACUUUGACGGGCUUUCGAACUGCUAGGUGGGCAGGAGCAGGGACCGAGCAAUGGGAGCUCACCCUGUUGCGGGGAUUCGAACCGCCGACCUUCUGAUCGGCAAGCCCAAGAGGCUCAGUGGUUUCGACCACAGCGCCACCCGCGUCCCUGUAAUAAUAAUAAUAUUAAUAAUGAUGAUGAUGAUGAUGGAUAAAUAAUACCAUUUAGGGCACUUUUUGAAAUCCAAAAGUUCAGUUAUAGAAUUUGCUCCAGCCAGAUGUCAUAAUGGCCACUGACUCAGAGGGCUUUAAAAGAGGUUUGGACAGAGAUGGAAAGAAGAUAAAGUCCUGACCAGAGAAGAAUGGCAGAUCGAGUUGAUGGAUUUAUAAUUUUAUCUUAAAACCAUUGUAAACCGUUAAAAUUGUUAGUAGGAUUGGAAUAACACUUGUAGUUUAAUGGUGAAUUUUGGACACAAUGGAGAGGUAAAAGAUUUGGAUUAUCAUAAAAGAUGCAGGAGGAAAUUAUUAACAACAGGACCCACAAAGGGGAGGAGAAAAGUCCAAGAGAUUCUUUGGAAUCUCGUUUUUAUAUUGGAUGUUGUGAUCGUAAAACUGUCAUUUGAAAAGCCAAAUAAAUAAAUUAAAAUAAAAUAGGGUCAGACAAAUUCACAGAGGGUCUCAGUGGCUACUGGCCAUGAAGGCUGUGCCUUGCCUUCACAGUUUGAGGCAGCAAUGUGAGGAAACCAUAGGAAUCGAGGGCUUUUGUGCUCAAAUCCUGUUCGCUGGCUUCCCACAGAUGAGUCCCUGGCCUGAUCCAGCAAGCUCUUUUUAUGCUCUUUUGGCUUUGUGUUCCCGUUCGGAAACUACUUUUUAACCUCUCUUGAAUCGAGAAAAAGGACAACGUCCCAGUAGUGGCAGCAGCUCUGUGCAUUGAUUCGACCCUCCGGUUUGGCGAAAGGACAUUUUCCUCCCCAGUGGGAAUAUCUGGGAUUAAGGCUUCUUCAACAAGCAGUUCAGUUGCUGCUAUUAAUACUGCACCAUCGAGGCACUUAGCCAAUUCGGACAAAUCCAAAGUGUUUAACAACCUGUUCCAGCCUUCCUUAAAGCUGGUGUCCUCAUGUCGCUGGACUCCAAGUCCCAUCGGCCUCAUCUGGCCUCACGAGCGGUCGUAGAUUUUAUGGGAUGUAGCCGGAGAUUGGAUUUGGGACAGAUGUGGUGCAGAUGUUUUAGUGGGAACAUUCAGUUAGCCCUGAUGUGGAGUCACAAGAGAAUCUCUCCUACCUCUGGGAGGGGCUGCCCGUUGCCUUGCUGCCUGAGUCUGUGCUCUGGGAUUAAAGUAAAUAAUUAACACCAUUCAGCCAGAAGUACCGUAUUUUUCGCUCUAUAGACGCACCAGACCACAAGACGCACCAAGUUUUUGGAGGAGGAAAACAAGAAAAAAAAUAUUCUGAAUUUCAGAAGCCAGAACAACAAGAGGGAUCGCUGCGCAGUGAAAGCAGCAAACCCUCUUGCUGUUCUGUCUUCUGGGAUAGCUGCGCAGCCUGCAUUCGCUCCAUAAGACGCACACACAUCCCCCCUUACUUUUUAGGAGGGAAAAAGUGAGUCUUAUAGAGCAAAAAAUACGGUAUUUCCCAGAAUAACAGCUGGUGCAGAAUUUUUUUUAAUUUUUAAUUUUUUUGCAUGCUGAAACGAAGCUUUUUCAGGUGCGGGGAGAGUAGUGGAUACAUCACAUUUUUAAUUAAAGGGAGGAAUAAGAUUGUGAUACGAUUUUUUUGGGUGGGGGACGACCGUUAAAUACUCAAACUUUCUCAGAAUCCGAAAGCUCCCUCUGGUGGGUCCUACAAGGAAGUGCAAAUAGCUGCAUGUUGACAUUUGGAGAUUGCAACCAAUGUCUGUCCUUUUCCUCCACAGCAUGCAGGACUCUGCAAACCUCCUUCAUAUUCCUCCUUUUAUCUAACCUGAUGGCCCUAAAUACUUGCAGGAAUGGUGAACCAGUGGCCCUUUAGAUAUGGUUGGACUACAGCUCCCAUCAUCCCUGGCCAUUCGACAUGCCUGAUGGGAACUGGAGUUCAACUCGAUUCCUUGGCAGGGACGUGUCCUUGUUUUGCACCUCUUACUAUUUACUGGCCAAAGGUGAUUUGCAGCAGCUUGCAACCAACCAAACAGAAACCUACAUUGGAACAAAAAAGGCCCCCUUGAAACAAUGCAUUAAAAACACCCCAGCCACUUUUCCAUCACCGUUUUGAGAUGGGGAGACCAGAACCACAUGCAGCAUUCCAGAUACGGCUUUACACUGAGCCGCGCUGCUGAUUCAUGGACCUCUAUAUUGUCAAUUCAAGACUGGCAGCAGCAGCUCUCCAGGAUUUCAGACGGGACAUUCCUAUCCCUAGCGGGAGAUGCCAGGGAUGGAACCGUGGACCUUCUGCAUGCAGGGCAGGUGUCCUGCUGUCUUGCCAAAUGCAAGGUGGUUCUUUUUAAUGAGAUUCAGAAGCAAUACAAGCACAAGUGAGUGAGAAGAUUAAAGAUUCUGUUCUAAACAGCAAGCAUUAUAUACCGUAUUUUUUGCACCAUAACACUCACUUUUUUCCUCCUAGAAAGUAAGGGGAAAUGUCUGUGUGUGUUAUGGAGCAAAUGCCUGCGGGUGGCGGGGGGGAUCUGCUGCAGUCGUGAGCAGAGGAUCCAUGGUUCCCCUUCCUUCCCUCCUCCGUGGUUACAAAGCAUGGAUCCACAUGGAUCCUCAGGAUUUUUGCAUUGGGCUACUCCAAACUCACUGUCAGAUCACAUGUCUGUGGCCACAGCAUGAACCACAAAAAUCAUAUAUCCACUAUUUCGUUUAGAAUAUUUUUUUUCUUGUUUUCCUCCUCUAAAAACUACGUGCGUGUUAUGGUCUGGUGCGUGUUAUAGAGCGAAAAAUACGGUACAUUACCAAGCAAGCACUUUGAUCUGCCACUGGGAAGCCCUUGAGAAGUGGUGAAUCAAUCUGCCAGGUGGCCUUUGUUUGCACGGCCCUGCGGCCAUCAGUCCAUGCACAAGCUUCUCAGAACUAUGUCCCAAAACCAUCUGAUUUAUAGAUUAUUGAUAGCUAGCCUGUACGGCUUGUCCAACUGCCUAGAUGCAGUUUAUUUUUAUUUAUUUUUUAAAAAAUUAAAUUUUAUUUGCUCAACACAUAACAACAACAAAAAGACAUAUUACACCAUAAUAAGAAUACCAUCAGUUGCACAUUACAUAAAGAAUUCAUAUAAAUUCCAUAAUCCAUGAACGGUAAUGAUCUCUUCCUUUUAAAUCCGACUUCCCAUCUACUCCAUAAAUCUAAUUACCAUUCUUUGCUGCCAAUACACGUUAUUGCUAUAGUCUCAAAUCAGUUCAAAAUGUAUUAUAUCAUAUACCUAAUGAACGAUAUUGCUGGUAUUCAAAUGCCGCAAUGGAUUUUAAGUCAGUAUUAUUAAUUUUCAAAUAUAUUUUAAAUGCUUCCUAUUUUGAAAUAAAUUCUUUCCUUAAUAAAAUAAAAUAAAAUUUUAUUUAAUUUUCCAGAUAGGCUGUCUAACUCAGCAUAGUCAAUCAUUUUCUGGACCCACUCUUGUCUUGAGGGAGCUUUUUUACUUUUCCACAUUGUGGCUAUAAGAACCCUCGCUGCCACCGUUGCAUAGAGAAAGAUAUCCUGAAAUUGAUUAGGAAAGUCCGCAUCAAUCAUACCCAGUCAAUAUGCCUCUGGUUUGAAGUUUAUUCAUUAGUCACUACAUGCAGGUUGUUCAUUAGUCACCCUCUUCCCAAUGCUUGUACAUCAAAGAAGGUCAAAAGGUAGCCAACAUUAUCGCUUCUUCCUUCCACCAGAUGACACAUUAAAGGCUACUCUCAGCCAUCAAAGAGCAGAACAAGCGAUGUCGUUGUUUAGUCAUUUAGUCAUGUCCGACUCUUCGUGACCCCAUGGACCAGAGCACGCCAGGCACUCCUGUCUUCCACUGCCUCCCACAGUUUGGUCAAACUCAUGCUGGUAGCUUCGAGAACACUGUCCCACCAUCUCGUCCUCUGUUUGUCCCCUUCUCCUUGUGCCCUCCAUCUUUCCCAACAUCAGGGUCUUUUCCAGGGAGUCUUCUCUUCUCAUGAGGUGGCCAAAGUAUUGGAGCCUCAGCUUCAGGAUCUGUCCUUCCAGUGAGCACUCAGGGCUGAUUUCCUUCAGAAUGGAUAAUUUUGAUCUUCUUGCAGUCCAUGGGACUCUCAAGAGUCUCCUCCAGACCAUAAUCCAAAAGCAUCAAUUCUUCGGCGAUCAGCCAUCUUUAUGGUCCAGCUCUCACUUCCAUACAUCACUACUGGGAAAACCAUAGCUUUAACAAGAGAUAGAGGGGAAGUAAACACAGGCAGGAAGAAAAGACCAUGUCAGAUCACUAAACUCAUUGAUUGCCCCUACACCUGCCACUAAGUAACAUCCCUUCCCUACAUAGGCCCUUCCAGCGCUGGUGGUUUUCUUUACCCAUAGAAUACAUCUCCUGGUUGGAGAAGGAACAGGGAAACUGGACCGCUCAGCCUCGCUGAUCCUUGCCUUCUGUUUCCUUGCAGGCUCAGCUGGUUCCCAGCGUCCAUGGCAGCCACCAUGUGGAUGAUCCGACUCCUUGCGCUCUGCGCCUUGGUCCUUGCCGUUCCCCCGGAGGACAAGAAGAAGAGCGAGAAGAAGGCUUCUUCCGGAGACAAGAAGCUGAGCGACAAGGCAGCCGCCCUGGCCGACCGCAGCGCCACCCUGGCCUUCAACCUCUACCACGCCAUGGCCAAGGAGAAGAACAUGGAGAACAUCUUGGUGUCUCCGGUGGUGGUGGCAUCCUCUCUCGGGCUGGUGUCCCUGGGCGGCAAGGCCACCACGGCCUCGCAGGCCAAGGCGCUGCUCAGCGCCGACAAGCUGAACGACGACUACGUCCACAGCGGCCUCUCGGAGCUCCUGAGCGAGGUCAGCAACUCCACGGCCCGCAACGUCACCUGGAAGAUGGGCAGCCGCCUAUACGGCCCCAGCUCCAUCAGCUUCGCCGACGACUUCGUCAAGAGCAGCAAGAAGCACUACAACUACGAGCACUCCAAGAUCAACUUCCGGGACAAGCGCAGCGCCCUCAAGUCCAUCAACGAGUGGGCCUCCCAGACCACCGACGGCAAGCUGCCCGAGGUCACCAAGGAUGUGGAGAAGACGGACGGAGCCCUCAUCGUCAACGCCAUGUUCUUCAAACGUAAGUGGAAGCCGGCGGGGAGGGUGGUUUUGGGGUGCAAGCCCUGAGCUCUUGCUGAGCAUGUGGGAUCCAGAUAGGAGUGGUGGAAUUGUUCAGCCAGCAGAAAGAGCCCUACUGGAUGAAAACAAGGGUUUCUGAAAUGGAAAACGAGCGAGGUCCCAACCAAAGAAGAAUGGCCACUUGAGUUGACAGAAUAUGCGCAGCUUGCAGACUUAACGUGUAGAAUAAGAGAACAAGAACAACAUGCGCUUAGAGAAGGUUGGAAAAUGUUUAUUCAAUAUAUGGGAAAUAAUGACGUACGGCUGAAAACGCUGGCGGCGUUAAGAUAACCGAAAUAAUAUAAAUAAAAUGGAAGAUAUAGUGAAAGUAUCAGCAACAGAGGAAUGUCAGUCAAUUGGUAAAGGGCUGUAAUGAGAGAUUGGCAGUGUUACCUUGGGUUACAUACGCUUCAGGUUACAGACGCCGCUAGCCCAGAAAUAGUACCUCGGGUUAAGAACUUUGCUUCAGGAUGAGAACAGAAAUCGUGCUCCGGCGGUGCGCCGGCAGCGGGAGGCCCCAUUAGCUAAAGUGGUGCUUCAGGUUAAGAACGGUUUCAGGUUAGGAACAGACCUCCAGAACAAAUUAAGUGCUUAACCUGAGGUACCACUGUACUCUCAAUGUGGGCUUUGGGCACAUGCAAAAAUGAGACGUCAACAGUGUGGUGGCAUUUGGUUCCUUUUAGGGGAAAGGAGUUGCAUAACUGUGGGUGCCACUACAGAGAAGGCCCUGUUCUGAGUCACCAUUCAGUGAGCAACACCUGUUGUUGAAAGGGCAUCCAUUCAAGGUGCAAGCUGGCUGGCCCGGGGAGAGGCGCUCAGAUAAAUACCUCAAUCCCAAGCUUCUAAGGGCUUUGUAUAUUAAUAUCAGCACCCUGGAUUUGGCCUGCUAAUGUAAAGACGGCACAGAAUAAAUAGUGUUAAAUAGUGUUAAAUAGCAUUGCCUGCAAGUGCCAGUCAAAAUGCCGGCAGCUGUGUUUUGUGCAAGUUCCUUGCUUCUGGGUUUGGCUUCUUGAAAGGCCUGAAACCGCAGCUACAAAGCAAGAAACAGCUGUGUGUUCUUUGAAUUGUGGCCGGGGGGGGGGGCACGCGCAAUUGAAUCAGAUGCGUGAGAUACAACAAACUGGUCUGUCCUGCUGUUAAACCGGCCUUGCUUCAUCUCCUUCCACAGCUCACUGGGACGAAAGGUUCCAUCACAAGAUGGUGGACAAUCGUGGCUUUAUGGUGACGCGUUCCUACACGGUUGGCAUUCCCAUGAUGCACCGCACCGGUAAGAGAGCCUGGAAAAGGAGCCCGGCCUCAUUCUUGGCUGGAAAAGCUUCAGUUUUAGACUGCUAACACUUUCUAGGACAUGGCCUCAUUCGCCUCUGCGUGGCUCCAUCCUUAUUUCAGACUUCGUGGUAUAUCAGUAUUUUUGGUGAUCCUUCAUAGCCAAGUAAGAUGGAAUGUAGGGUCCCUCCAGGUGGGUGUUUUGUGGGUAUCUUCUGCAACAUGCCAUCGAUGCAGUCAUAGUCUUUGUCUUCUUUGGCUAUCCCUCAUAGCCGAGUAAGAUUGUCUUCCAUAGACACAAUAUUAACAGUGAGUCCAUAAGUGACUGUGGAGGCCAAUUUUGGAUCCACACAUCCUUCCACAGUGGGGACACAGGUUUCCGGGCGGGAGUUGAUCACGGUGUGGAUUUGCCAAGCAUGCCUUACUCUUAGCACGUUUCUCCCAUUUGUCCUGUGUUCAAGUGUCUUCAAAGUCCAUGACACCUUUGGUAAAGACUGUUCUCCAACUGGAGCGCUCGCAGGCCAGUGUUUCCCAGUUGUCAGUGUUUAUACUGCAUUUUUUGAGAGAGUCUUUAAACCUCUUUUGUUGACCACCAGCAUUAAGCUUUCCAUUUUUAAGUUCAAAAUAGAGUAGCUGCUUUGGAAGACGAUCAUCAGGCAUCCGCACAACAUGACCAGUCCAACGAAGUUGAUGUUGAAGAAUCAUUGCUUCAACACUGGUCAUGUUUGCUUCUUCCACUACCCUGGCAUUAGUUCGCCUGUCUUCCCAGGUGAUGUGUAAUUUUUUAAGGAGACACCGUUGAUGGAAUCUUUCGAGGAGUUGGAGAUGGCGUUUAUAAGUGGUUUACAUUGUGAUGUUUAGCUGGUGAUCUAUCACGAUGUUGAAAAACAGACAUUGGCCAGCCCUAAUCCUGAUCCUAAGUGGCAUGACUGCUCUUAAGUUGCUUAAUUUUUCCCCUUGUUCUCGGUACUGUUUUGCCUCGCCUCCAUAAAGGUAAAGGUAAAGGGACCCCUGACCAUUAGGUCCAGUCGCAGACGACUCUGGGGUUGCGGCGCUCAUCUCGCUUUAUUGGCCGAGGGAGCCGGCGUACAGCUUCCGGGCAUGUGGCCAGCAUGACUAAGCCGCUUCUGGCAAACCAGAGCAGCGCCCGGAAACGCCGUUUACCUUCCCGCCGGAGCAGUACCUAUUUAUCUACUUGCACUUUGACAUGCUUUCAAACUGCUAGGUGGGCAGGAGCAGGGACCGAUCAAUGGGAGCUCACCCCGUCGUGGGGAUUUGAACCGCCGACCUUCUGAUCGGCAAGUCCUAGGCUCUGUGGUUUAACCCACAGCGCCACCCGCCUCCCUUGCCUUGCCUCCAUAGAAACCCAAUAAAUAUUAGUGCCAGAGAAGAAUAGUGUGAUCUGCAUCGAUGUGCCGCUGUGCACUUGCCUGCUUCGCCCCUCGCCUGUCUCCCUGCAGCCGCUGACUCAUUCCCCCUUGUUUCCGCAGGGCUGUACAACUAUUUCAAUGACGAGGCAGAGAACUUGCAGAUGGUGGAGAUGCCUCUGGCACACAAGCUGUCUAGCAUGAUCUUCAUCAUGCCCAACCAUGUGGAGCCGCUGGAGAGGCUGGAGAAGCUGCUGACCCGGGAACAGCUGAAGGUCUGGCUGGGGAAGAUGAAGCAGCGAGCCGUCGCCAUCUCCCUGCCCAAGGUCAGCCUGGAAGUCAGCCACGAUCUGCAUGUGAGUACCACCAUUGCAUUGCAUUUUGCUUUUCGUUUGUACACUACUAGAAUCAAAGGAAUUUCUCUCUGUAUGCAACUACUGCCAUGAGGAGGGUACUUGAUGCCCCCAAAUGGCAUAUGAAAGAAGAGCGGAAGUUGAAAUGGAUGGGAGUACAGUGGUACCUCGGGUUACAUACGCUUCAGGUUAUAUACGCUUCCAGGUUACAGACUCCGCUAACCCAGAAAUAGUACCUCGGGUUAAGAACUUUGCUUCAGGAUGAGAACAGAAAUCGUGCAACGGCGGCAGCAGUGGGAGGCCCCAUUAGCUAAAGUGGUGCUUCAGGUUAGGAACAGUUUCAGGUUAAGAACGGACCUCCGGAACGAAUUAAGUAUGUAGCCAGAGGUACCACUGUAUGGCGAAUUUGCAAGUUAAACUCAUAAAACUGGAGGACAAGACAAGACAGCCUUCAAGGAGGAUUGGAAAACAUUUGUAGAUUAUAUAACAGCCGUACCUUGGUUUUCGGUGCGGCUUUCGAGGAAGCUUCUGCAGCCAAUCAGAAGCCGUGCUUUGGUUUCGGAAGUCGAACGGACUUCUGGAACAGAUUCCGUUCGACUUCCAAGGUACGACUCUGACUCUCUCUCUCUGUCUAUGUGUGUGUGUGUGUGUGUGUGUGAGUUAAAAUGCUAGCAGAUUUGGAGUAAGCUCAUCAGUCAAAGUUACUCUGAGAAUAUGGUGGAGGAAAGAAGGUCUUAAAUAAUUAUAAUAUGCAGCAGUAAUAGAUAAUUUGAGGAAACCAUGGAAGGGUGGAAGGGAAGUCGGUUACCAAGGGAAUGUGUAUUGCAAAAUGUUUGACUAAUUGCAUUGUUUUCAAAUAUAUAUAUAUUAUAAUUUGUAUACCACCUUUGUAUGUUACUAUGCACAAGGUGGUUUGUAAGCUGAAGAAACGAUGAAUCAGACAGGAAAGAUCACAAAUAAGAGUCCGAUCCAGUACAAAAAAAAAAGUCACAGUAACAACAGGUCAAAUACAGUGGUACCUUGCUUUGAGAACAGCUUAGUUUAUGAACAACUUGGACUAAGAACGCUGCCACCACCCAGAAGUAGGUGUUUUGGUUUGUGAACUUUGCCUUGGAAGCAGAACAUGUUCCGCUCCUGUUAAGUGUGUUCCAUUUGUAAAUUGAGCCCCCCGUUGCUAUAGGAAAGCACACCUUGGUUUAAGAAUGCUUUGGUUUAAGAACGGACUUCUGGAAUGGAUUAAGUUCAUAAACCGAGGUACCACUGUAAAGCAAUAUUCAACAAUCCAUUAGAAUGUAAUAUAUAUGUGCCGUCGUUUUCCAGAAACAUUUGGCUGAUCUUGGCCUAACAGAAGCCGUCGACAAAAACAAGGCUGACCUUUCUAAGAUUUCGGGCAAGAAGGAUCUCUACCUCUCCAAUGUCUUCCACGCUGCGGCCCUUGAGUGGGACACGGAGGGGAACCCCUUUGAAGGCGACAUCUACGCCCGGGAAGAGAUGAAAAACCCAAAGCUCUUCUACGCAGAUCACCCGUUCUUCUUCCUGAUCAAAGACAAUAAGACCAACUCCAUCCUUUUCAUUGGCCGACUAGUGAGGCCCAAAGGAGACAAGAUGCGUGAUGAAUUGUAG